AGGAGGAGUCCCCUGAAGUCCUUCAGAAUCCAGCAUCACUUUGAGAAAUGUUAAGUCACAAUCUCCACUUCUCGAGGUAGGCUGACAUCUGUCAACGGAUACGAGGAGUUUUGCGGAUGGGCAUGUCGGGCCCCCAAGAGAGUGAAAAAUCACGAAUUGUGAGCGUAAUGUUUUGAUGGAGAAGGGAGCUAUAUGGAUUUCCGUGCUGGACAAGUCGCAUGCCUAAGAAGAAGACUUGCGGCAAGGACGCGCGCUUUUCACACGGAUAAACGCGCAAACUCUCCGGACUGCUGCUGUGCGUAAAUUUGACAGUUGUUAGGGGGCCGCUUUCUGGAUAUUUAACAGUCAACUCGUUGAUGGGUUCAACAACUGUUCGGUCGAGACGCUUUCAACUGGCUGCGGGGCAACGUGUGACUGCAACAGCAGACAGAGGGAUCCUCGAAACCACAGAGAAAACUGAUAAAACUUCAUUGACGCUGUGGUGAAAGUUAGAUCCACCUGGACAGCCUGUAAACCAGUCAAAAGUCAGACAUGGAAAUGACCAACAGGUCCCUGCAUAACCCCUCCAUCCUCCAUGUGGAUUUCAUCCCGCUAAAUUACUUUAUGGAGGACAACGAAACAAACUCCACCACCGGAGAGCGAAACUCGUUGAGCUGCGUGCAGAUCCGCAUCCCACAGGAGCUUUUCCUGGCUCUGGGGGUCAUCAGCCUGGUGGAGAACAUCCUAGUGGUCUUGGCCAUCAUCAAGAACCGCAACCUGCACUCGCCUAUGUAUUACUUUAUCUGCUGCCUGGCCGUGUCUGACAUGCUGGUCAGUGUCAGCAACGUGGUGGAGACCAUAUUCAUGCUUCUUAACGACCACGGCCUGAUGGACGUGCACCCUGGCAUGCUGCGCCACCUGGACAACGUUAUCGACGUGAUGAUCUGCAGCUCAGUGGUGUCCUCGCUCUCCUUCCUGUGCACCAUCGCGGCGGAUCGCUACAUAACUAUAUUUUAUGCGCUGCGUUAUCACAGCAUCAUGACCACGCAGCGCGCCGUUACCAUUAUCGCGGUAGUGUGGCUGGCCAGCAUCACCUCCAGCAUCCUGUUCAUCGUGUACCACACCGACAACGCUGUCAUCGUGUGCCUCGUGACCUUCUUCUGCAUCACUCUGGUGUUUAACGCCGUGCUGUACCUGCACAUGUUUCUCCUGGCGCACGUGCAUUCCCGGCGCAUUGAGGCUUUUCAUAAAAGCAGGCGCCAGUCCACGAGCAUGAAGGGAGCGAUUACCCUCACCAUCCUGCUUGGGGUCUUCAUUCUGUGCUGGGGCCCCUUCUUCCUCCACCUUAUCCUCAUCCUCACCUGCCCCACCAGCCCCUUCUGCAACUGUUUCUUCAGAAACUUUAACCUUUUCCUCAUCCUCAUCAUCUGUAACUCGCUCAUCGACCCGCUCAUCUACGCCUACCGGAGCCAGGAGCUGCGUAAAACCCUGCAGGAACUGGUCCUGUGUUCUUGGUGCUUUGGUGUGUGAAACCAUGUGCAUGUAGGAAGACAACAAUAUCAUCAGGUUAUCAACACUGUCGGCCACCUCUUCUUCCUGCAUCUACAUUGUGUCAGAAGCUGAAGUGUAACAAAGACUCUAAAAAAGACCGUGGUACACCUCAUCGUGGAUUCUAUGAUUGUUUCCACGCAUGGAUUUCAGUUUCAUUUCAGUGUUAAUUUAUUUUUAAGUCACUCAGUGCACAUGUUCUGGCACUGUGAAACAUCAUCUUAACUAGGAGAGAUCCUUAGAUUGGAAACUGUUAAGAGAGUCCAUGGUUUACUGGACUAAAUUAUAGUAAAGAUUAUAUUGGCAAAAGUCAUUUAUUUUGUAAACCUGUAAUUGUUAAAUUAUAUAUCUGAACUGAAUUUUUAACUUGUGAUUAAUGAGCCUGCUCAUUAAUGAACAAAUGUCUCUGCAUUAUACCAGAGGUUGGAUCUAUGUCUUAUCUAUAUUUAUCCAUAUUUAAAGUAAGCUAAACUCAGUGCUUGACAAAACAUGUUUUCUGAUGUAGCUGCCUUUCAACCCUCCUAGUAAUUUUUACUCCGCUUCUUUCCUACUGUUUUUAAAAUAACUGCCAUCUUUGCGCAUCUCAUCAUCUGAUUUCUACUGACAAUAACAUUUACAGCUGCUAAGAUAACACUUUAUUUAAUAUAGCAAUGAACUGACCAGAAUAAUUUGUUCACGCAUGGUGCAAGAAGAGCAGGAAAUAAAAUAUAAGAGAAAAGCAUUGUAGUUCAGAUUAUAUGAUGCAUCUUAAAAAAGCUUUCAUGGCAUUGUGUGAACUACUCCCCCAAAAAUAAAUGUCCGGGUGACGAACAAACAUGCUAAAUCACAUGGGUGGCCUUGGCAGGCCUGCAGGGCAUAACAGCUUUAUGAAAGAAGCCAUAUCAAAGUUGUAUUUCUGGAAGUUUGUUUGGUUCUCUGAAAUGUGCAUCUGAUUUGUCAUUUAGGCCUAGGUCAAAGAAAUGUGUGCCUGAUGGCCUGUGGGUAACUUUUUAGCUACAGCUAUUAGGCCUGUUAACCGUUUUUUGUCUAUAGAACUUGCAAAGAUGUCAAAGUCCAGCAAAUAUAUGAAACUGCCAAAAGAAAGCCUAUGCUUUCUUAACAAUUUCAGAUAAUUACAUUUAUGGAUGCCUAUAGGGGUCUAUAUUAAAAUUAAAAUGUAAAUUAAAAUGCAUUACCAUUUUAAUAUAGCCCCCUAUAGGCUUCCGUAUACAUUAUCCUGAAAUGUAAAAUACUUUUAGAUCUGGAAAUUAGCCUAAGCAUACUAUUAUUAUUUUUAUUAUUUUUUAAAUCAUUUUAUUUUAUUUUAUUUAUCCUAUGAUAUCCUAUUCUUUAUUGAUCCAAAGGAUUUGUUGUAAAUAGGAGCUAUACAUUUUAGAUUCUAAUAGACCGUUUUUCCAGUAGAAAAACUGAAAUGCAGUCAUAUAUCUGCCAUGAAGUGUAGAAUGCUUUCUUCUCAUACACAGUGCUGAGGUAUAAAUAUUUGGGAACUUUUGUUUUAAUAUCAUAAUUUUUGUUUUUGCUUUUGGCAUGAAAGUUCUUACAGAGGAUUGUGAAUGUACAAUAUGGCUAUCUGUAUCUGCUAUUUAAAUCUUCAAAAAUAACAAUAUUUAAGGUAAUGAAACCCUGAAUUAACACAUUUUGCAAAUGCUGUGGGUAUAACUUAAAAAAACAACUGAAACUGAGCAAAACAGGACUGUGUUGUACAGUUAUUUUAUAGAAAGAACAUGUGUUAUAUGUAAUCCUUGAAAGUGUUUACAUGUUAUCUAUUUGUCUCAAAUAAAGAGGCCAAAACAA